CAAGAAAUUGAUCUACUCAAGACAUUCAACCACAAGAACAUAGUCAAGUAUCUGGGCUCCAUCAAGACUAAGACCCACCUCUUCAUCCUCCUUGAGUUUGUGGAGAAUGGCUCUCUGGCCGGCAUCAUCAAGCCAAAUAAGUUUGGGCCCUUUCCAGAGUGCCUUGUUGCUGUCUACACUGCUCAGGUGCUGGAGGGGCUCAUGUAUCUGCACGAGCAGGGCAUCAUCCACUGCGACAUCAAGGGCGCCAACAUCCUCACCACCAAGGAGGGUCUGGUGAAGCUGGCGGAUUUUGGGGUGGCGAUGCGAGUAGAGGAGGCAGCGGCGUGCCAUGGGGACGCGGAGAACCCCAACGUGGUGGGCACGCCCUACUGGAUGGCGCCCGAGGUCAUUGAGAUGUCCGGCAUCUCACCCGCCUCCGACAUCUGGAGUGUAGGCUGCACUGUUAUCGAGCUCCUCACCACCAAGCCGCCCUACUUCGACCUCCAGCCCAUGCCCGCUCUCUUCCGCAUCGUUCAGGACGACAUGCCGCCCAUACCAGAGAAUGUGUCAGCUGCCACGUCCGACUUUCUCCACCUCUGCUUCCGUAAGGACACCAAGAGCCGCCCGGACGCCAAGACUCUCCUGCGGCACCCGUGGAUCCGGCAGGCGAAGCGGGCGGUGUCGUCCGGCCUUGCUGCCAUCCCCCGCCCUGUCAGCGCCGGCUCCUCCUCCUCCUCCACCCGCCCCCUGUACCCUGAGGCCCCGUCGCAAGGUGGUGCAGGCAGGGGCAGCGAUGAGGCAGCAGCCAUAGACGACUCAAUCGAUGCUGCCAGACGUGUGCACGCCACCUCCCACGCCUCCUCCUCCUCCUCCUCGCCACCUGUCACCCUCUCCGCCUCCUCUCCGGACAGCGAGCGGCGUGAUAGGAAGAUCCACCUGCAAGCGGACGCGGUGAAGGACCUGAGGGAGGCAGCCAAGGCAGCACGCAAGUCACGAGCACAGCGCCACUCUAUGGGCGGUAGCAUUGACUCCGGUGCCCCCUCUGAUCGCCCCGGGACCGCCGAGGAUGCUGGUAGUGGUGGUGCUGGUGCUGGUGGGGUGAGUGGGGGCAGUGGGAUUAGCAGCAGCGGUAUCCCCCUCAGUGGCAGUGGGCGGCGUAAGAUUAUUCGGUCCAAGAGCGACAAGGAGCUGAAUGCCAGAGACAGUGAGGGGCACGCGGAGGGGGGGGCAGGGGGAGCGGGUGGCAAGGACGGGGCGAGGAGGCAGAGGUGGAAGAGCGGACAGGGUAUGGACGAGGAGGGCAGCAGGGAGUUUAUCAGCAUGCAGGGGGAAGGGGGCGUGUGGGAGGUCUCAGAUGAAGAGGAUGGGCUGGGGAAAGUUAAGGGAGGGAGACGAGGAGCAGGGCGGGAGAGAGCAGAGGAAGAGGAUAGCAGUGGAGAGAUAGGUUCGGGAGAGGCUCGGCAGCAGCUGAAGCUGGGGCAGUCGAGCAGCACUGGUGGAGCGGGUGUGGGUGGGGGGGGAGGGAGUGGGGCGAGCAGUGGGCGGUCGAUGAGUGCUGGUCUGGCGUCUCCCCCUCGGUCCCACCGGGGGUCGCGCUCCCAGCAGCAGUCUCCGGAGGGAGCGCAUGGGAGGUUGAGUUUUGAGGCGCCUCAGAAGGUCUCGCGCUCGCAGCAACAGUCACCGGAAGGAGCGCACGGGAGGGCGAGUGGGGGGAGGUCUGGUGGGGAGAACUUCCUGGUUGGGUCUUCAGGGGAGGAGGGCGGGGCGGAUCAAGAGGAUGAGAGAAACGGCACGCCCGCUGGGAGGAAGGCGAGGCGGAGAUCACAAGAUGGGGACGGGACCGGGGCGGAGGGAGGAGGAGCGGGAAAGAAGGGGGCGGGGAAGAAGAAGGAGCAGCGGCGCAGCGGGCCUCUGUCAGCCCCUACGGGCAAGUCAGGAAAGGGCGCGGGGAAGAAGCGAGGCUCACAGCAGCAGCAGGCACAGCAAGACGAUGACUGCAACAACGACAACAGUGGUAAAAUUGUCCCGGGCAGCAGCAGCCUUCUCGCACCGCACACGCCUCCACAGCCCAUCCCACGCCCCCUUUCCACAUUCAUCGAGACAGAGGAGGAGCGGUCUCUCUCCUCCCUCACAGCCAUGUUCUCGCCUCUGGCGGGAUCACCACAGGUGGCGGGCGGGAGCAGGAGCCUGGCGGGCGUGCUGAGGGAGAGGCUUGUGAGAGGGAUGCACCGUGUGGCUGUGAAGGCAGAGCGCGAGGGGAGUGACCUGUUUGCGGGUGUUGAGGGGCUGGAUGCGGUUGGGAGCGGUGCGGAGAGGGGAGAGGAGGAGGGUGGGGCUGUGGGUGUUGUUGGUGGAGUUGGGGUGGUUGGGGAGUUUGAUUCAGCGGUCUAUGGAGGGGCAGCAGGUGGAGGGGCAGAGCGCAAAUCGAGCCUGCGGCCAGAGUUGCUCAACCAGAAGGUAUCAGAAGCAGCGGGGCUGCUGAGCCAGCUGAAGCCGUCGCAGGGCGAGGAGGCGAUAGAGGUGGCGAGCAGCAGGCUGGCGGGGCUGGUGGGGGAGUACCCCGAGGUCAAGGGCGAGCUCGUGGCGACCCAUGCCGUGCUGCCACUGCUCGAUGUGUUCGAUGCUGACAGCCCCCGGAUAGUGCUGGCAGUGCUGGGGCUGCUGCAGCAGCUCAUCACCGACAGCCCUGCCAUCCAAAGCCUGCUCUGCAAUGCUGGCCUCGUGCCGACGCUGCUCAACUUCUCCUCACCGGGUCGCUGCUCGCUAGACAUGCGCCAUCAGGCAGGCCUUGUGCUGCGCCACCUCUGCCACUCCAGGUACUUGUGCUGCGCCGCCUCUGCCACUCCAGGUACGAGAGAGAGAGUUGCCCUCUGUCCGCGGCCACCUGUGCCCGCUUUUGAGUCGACUCAAAAGCGGGCCUUGUGCUGCGCCACCUCUGCCACUCCAGGUACUUGUGCUGCGCCGCCUCUGCCACUCCAGGUACUUGUGCUGCGCCGCCUCUGCCACUCCAGGUACGGGAGAGUGAGACAGUUGCCCUCUGGCCACGGCCACCUGUGCGCGCCCGACCAUCUGUCCCCGACCACCUGUCCCCGACCAUCUGUGCCCGCUGUGCCACCUGUGCCCGCUGUGCCACCUGUGCCCGCUGUGCCAUCUGUGCCCGCUGUGCCACCUGUGCCCGCUGUGCCACCUGUGCCCGCUGUGCCACCUGUGCCCGCUGUGCCACCUGUGCCCGCUGUGCCACCUGUGCCACUCCAGAUGCGUUCCCGACGCAGUGAGAGCGCUGCUGGCAUGUCGGGGCCUGCCCACGCUCAUGGCGGGUUUGGGCUGGACUGUCUUGUCUGCUGGCAGUGCUGGCAGCAGCUUUUUCAAGUCGACUCAAAACCCUCUCCGCACCUCCCCCCAACCCAACCCCCCUCCCUCAGAGCGUUCGUGCACAUCGGGUUGGACUGCCUGCUGGAAGUGCUGGCAGCGGGGCGCCCCACCCCGCGCACGGACAUUGCGAGGCAGCUGGCGCGCAUGGGGCUGCUGCACCGCCUGCUCUCCCUCCUGCACUCCGUCUCCUCCGCCCGCAACCACCCCGCUUCUGCCUCAUCUGCUGGCGCUGGCGCUGGUGCUGGUGGUGCUGGUUUUGGUGGUGAGGGUGGGGGUGAGGGAGGUGGUAGGAGCAGCUGGGAUGGCGGUGCGGCUGGCUCUGGUGGUGGCUCCGUGUAUGGGUCAGCGGACGCAUAUGGCUCUGGCAACACAGGGGGGGCAGGUGCAGGAGCGGGAGGAGGGGGGGCAGCAUCAGCUGCUGCUUCUCCUGCAACCUCCUCCUCAACAUCGUCUGCUGCUGCUCCUGCCGCUGCCACUCCUGCUCGGCGCUCCCAGCGCCGCAUCUUCGGCCUAGCGCAGUUCCGAAGCAAGGCAGCCAAGGCUGGACAGGGCGGAGGAGACUCGCAGGCACAAGGAGGGGCAACAUCCUCAUCAGCAGCAGCCAGAACAGGAGGAGGAGGGGGAGGAGUGGCAGGUGGUGCUGGUGGCUCUUCCAGUGGCGGAAAUGGAGUGGGUGCAAGAGCAGGGGGGUAUGGGACCAGUUCCGGUGACAGUGGUGGUGGUGCUGGUGCUGCUGGUGGUGGUGCUGGGUGGGGCAGUGGGUCCUCCUCUUCCACAGAUACUAACACGUUCACCUCCUCCUCCUCCUCCUCAUCAGCAGCAGCGGUGAAGCAGCAGCAGCUAAACCCGGCAGCGCUGGCAGCACAAGACACGCUCUACCUCACCCGCACAGCCCUCCUCCUGCUGCACCUCUGCCAGGCAGACGAGGCAGUGCGCGCGCACAUGCUCGCGCCCUCCUUCCUCAAGCGCCUGCUCGACGCCCGGGAGUCUCUCCCCCCGCCCGUGCUGCUGCUGCUGCUGCGCGUGCUCCGCCAGCUGUCGGCUGAUGCCGCCUCGCAUGACUCGUUGCAGCGGGCCGAUGCUGUCCGUGCACUCGUGCCAUAUAUUGAUGCGGGGUUCAGGGAACGGUUUGAGGUGGCGGGGAGAGGGGAGAGCCGGACGGGUGGUGGUGAGGGAGCGGUGGCGUAUCCGGAUUCUCUGUUCUGCGACAUUCAGGCUGAGGCGCUGAUGGCGCUGUACAAUCUGUGCAGGGGCAGCAAGCGCAGGCAGGAGCUGGCAGCAGAAGCUUCCAUCGUCCCCCCCCUCAUGGUGCUCAUCUCCUCGCGCUCGCCUCUUCUCCCCUUCGCGCUGCCACUCCUCUGCCUGCUCGCCACGGCCUCACGAGCUGCCUGCGACACGCUGCUCCACCACAACGCGCUGCCGCUGCUGCUCUCGCUCCUCGCCGCCCCGCUCACUCCCCACGCCGCCAUCGCUGCCCGCCUCGCAGACAGCAGGAAGGAGGGCACUGGGGUCAAGGGGGGAGGCGGAGGAGGGGGGAGUGUCGCGGGAGGAGCAGGGGGAGCAGGGGCGCCAGGGGGAACGGGGGGUGCUGGGGGGGCCCAGGGGAGUGGGGAAGGGGCGGAGAGGAUGUGGGGAGCAGCGGCGUUUGAGGCGGUGGUGGCGUGUGUGGUGAACGAUGGGGAGGGGCGGCAUGUGGAGCAGACGCUGCUGCGCCGCGACUCCCUGGAGGCGCUCGUGUGGUUCGUGCGCAGGGCCGCCAAGACUCCAUCGUUUACAGCGCUCUUUGAGCCUCUGCUGCGCCUCGUCAGCAAGUCGCCCACACUGAAUGCAGCGCUGUCGGUGGGAGGGCUGGGCGACCUGCUCGUGGCUCGCCUGGACGACCCUCAGCUGGAGCCCGCCGUGCGCCUCAACCUUCUCAAGCUGCUCAAGGCGGUGUACGAGCAGCACCCAUACCCCAAGGGGCUGUGUGUUCCAGACGAGCUGCCGGGGAAGCUGCAGCGGCUGACGGAGGAGCGGCGCAUUGCGGGCGGGCAGCAGGUGCUCGUCAGACAAAUGGCGUCGGCGCUGCUCAAAGGGCUGCACUUCGGCCCGCCCAGAUAG